AUGCCAACCCUCGGCCCCUCGCUGCUCUUUGCAGUCGGCCUCACCGUCGGCGUCGCCGGUGGAUUCUGGAUCCCUCGCAAGGAGGCCACUCCCGUCAAGGUCCCGGCAAACGUCCCCUUUGUCGUCUCGCCUGACCAUGCUGGCGAGGCCGAGAAGCGCGUCGCUCUCCCGACACCCAUGGGCAGUGUCGUCCUCGCCGGCGGCUUCCCCGGUCCUACCUUUGACAUUAUCCGCCGCCAGGCCUACACCGCCGCCUACGACCGUCGCAUGAAGCACCCCGCAUGGACUGCCGAGCACCUCACCGCUCAGUCGCUCUCGCGUACUCCUCCCCCCUCUGCCCCCGGUGCCCACCCCGUCCCCCUCGAGACCGCCCGUGCCGCCGACGCCCCCCAGACCAAGGUCGACCGCUCCAAGUCGACCUUCCAGGAGGACACCACCGUUCCCGAGAUCUUCCGUGCUAAGCUUUCUGACUACUUCCGUUCCGGCUACGAUCGCGGUCACAUGGUGCCCGCUGCCGAUGCCAAGAUCUCGCAGCAGGCCAUGGACGAGACCUUCUACCUGUCGAACAUUGCCCCCCAGGUCGGCGAUGGCUUCAACCACUGGGCCUACGUCGAGGACUUCUGCCGCCGUCUUACCUCCAACUUUGAGGAUGUCUACGUUUUCACUAUUCCCCUGUACAUGCCUACCCAGCAGCCUGACGGCAAGUGGCGUGUGACCUACGAGGUUAUCGGUAACCCUCCCAACGUCUCGGUCCCUACGCACUUUGCCAAGGUUAUCCUUGCGUCGCGUCCCGACUUUGCCUACCCCCAGAAGCCCAACCCCAGCGACAAGACCGUCACCUCGAGCCAGACCAUGAAGGAGAUUGCCAUGGGCGCCUUCAUCCUCCCCAACAAGGAGAUUCCCGACGGAGCCGACCUGCGCUCGUUCAUCGCACCUGUCGAGACCGUUGAGCGCCUUGCGGGCGUUGUGCUCUUCAACGAGGACCUCAAGACCAAGUCGCGCCAGCUCUGUGCCGUCACCCAGUGUUCGGUUCUUGUGCGUCGUUUCGACGAUGCCCAGAAGAACUUUAAGAAGGGCAAGCACCAGCCAGCUGGUCUCCGUCGCGGUGUCGCGCCUGCAGCCAGCUCUUGGGGGGGUGUCCAGACAACCCGAAAGCCGAUGUUGGUUGACCCACCUCCACUUUGGGUGCCUGGAGCCAACCGCACGCAAUCUCACUCUGCGGGGGCAUACACGACCGAACUGGCCGAUGCGACCGUCGCGCGGACUCGGCUCCAAGUAGCCCUCAAGGCCGCCGCUGGGGGAGAGCCCGGCGGCAGUGCGCUGGCCGUGUUGGAGGUGUACUACCCGUUUCUGCGCAGUAUCAUCACGUGCAUUGACACCGACGACUUGCUCUUCAAGGGCGACCCAGUCUUCCCUUGGCGGCCGUCUCUGACGCACUACGCCGUCUCGGCGCCUCUUCUUCCCAUGCCUUCCAUCCACGCAGAGCACUACUUUGUGCUCUUGACAUACACGUUCGCGCUGUCCAACUAUGCGCACUCGAUCCUCGCAGGGCUGCCGACAUUCGAGACCAACGGCGGCUCGGGCGUGCCCAACAUCACCGCCGAGGACGAGAAGAAGACGAGCGCGGGACUCGCGCGCGCCGUCGACCUCCUCUCGCAGGCCGCGGGCGUGGCUGAGUGGGCAAGCGUGAACGCGACUCCGCAGCUUGAGGCGCCGCGCACCGCCGCCGGCGGACGGGUCGGACGCGCCAAAUGGCCGGUCGAGACGGGUUCAGAGGCAUUUAGGGCCCUGUCGAUGCUCCUCCUCGCCGACGCGCACGUCACGGCCAUUCGCAGGCUCCUUCUCCCUGUCCUGGGCCACGCGCUGUUUGCGCCGCCAGGCCCACCGCUCCCCAGCAACCAUCCCAGCGCGGCCCUCCUCGCCAAGCUCUACUUGCACGUCGCGAGCCUGUACACUGCCGCCUCGGCCUUGCUGCGCGUCCAUGACCCGGCGAGCGGCGGGAACACUGCCUCUGGAAGCAAGAAGCUGUUUGGCCGCAAGGAAAAGACCUCAUCAGGCGCCCCCGACACGGACGCGGUCGACAGCGACGUCGUCCCCGAGCUGCGGCGGUAUCUCCGCAAGGAGUCGCUUUUGGCCAGCGCGCUGGGCUAUAAAUGGCUCGGCAUUGAUGCCGGCGAGAACACCAAGGGCGACGGCAAGGUUGGCGAGGCGCUCGCGUGGGUCAAGGAGGCAUCCGCGCGCCUGUCCGAGUUGGAAGAUGGCAAGGUCGCCGACAAGAUGAAGGGCCUGGCGAUCGGACGCAACGUUGAGAGGAGGAAGGAGGCCAGGCGCGCGCGACAGGGCCGCAUCGAGAGGGAGGUCAACGACACGGCUGCUUGGGUGCAGUCAUACACCAAGCUGAACGAUACGGUCGCGUUCCAGCCAGUUCCCGCAGCCGGUACCCUCACGCUCCCACCCGGCCGGCCCAUCUUCGCUGCCAAGGCGUUCUCGCCUCCCGAGCCCAAGUUCGCGCCUAUGCGGCGGGACGACGACCUCGGCGGUGGCCCGGGGUUUGACGACGAGAGAGCCGAGGACAGCGCGCCGCCCGUCGAGCAGGCGACGUAUGCCGGCAAGGGAAGCUACUACUAG